AGUGUCAUAACUGUGGAAUCAAUGUCUCAGUUAAGCCGUAUCAUAUUAAUCGUUGCUAUGAACGUAUUGAUGUACGUUCUUGCAGUAGAGCGCUAUUCCGAUCAAUUCGAUGACAUUGAUAUGGAUGCUAUUCUUCGUAACGACACUCAACGAGAAGAAUAUCACAAAUGCUACAUGAAUACAGGACCAUGUAACACAAUGCAGGAGGCAUUAACAGAAUUGUAUGGCGAAGCUCUCCUAACUAACUGCAAGAAAUGUACCGAAACGCAAAAAGGAUGGAUGGAGAAAAUAAUAAAGUGGUAUGCAAAGUAUGAUACCGAGACAUUGUUUCAACAAAUUGCGAAGGCUGCAAUAAAUAUGCAGAAGCAGAAAACCGCUGAUUAA